AUGGAACAGAUUCUGGAAGGCUUGGAGGGUGUCAGAGUUUACAUAGAUGAUAUUGUGAUCUGGGGCUCAUCUCUCCAGGAGCAUGACCAGAGACUGACUAAAGUGAUGGAGCGUGUACAGGAAUACGGACUGAAACUUAACAGAGCUAAGUGUGAGUUUGCAGUGCGAGAGAUUCUUUUCCUGGGAGACAAACUUACAGCUCAUGGAGUUCAACCAGACCAAGACAAAAUAAAGGCGAUAGUGAACAUGCCAAGACCAACUGACAAAACAGGCGUGUUGCGUAUCCUGGGAAUGGUCAACUUUGUGGGCAAGUUUAUUCCCAACUUAACAGCUAAGACGGCAUGUAUCCGGGAGCUUUUACGUGCUGACUGUGAUUUUGACUGGGCUAUGAGACAUGAACAAGAGUGGCAAGGACUGAAGCAAGCUUUGACUACAGCGCCGGCUUUGGCAUAUUACGACCACAGCAAAAAGAUUAAGAUCUCGACUGACUCAUCCAAAGACGGUUUAGGAGCGGUGCUUCUGCAGGCUGAAGCACAGCACUGGCAACCGGUAGCGUACGCGUCUAGGGCCAUGACGGAGACUGAGUGUAAAUACGCACAAAUAGAAAAAGAGUGCUUGGGAGUGGCUUUUGGAUUAGAAAGUCAACACACCAUGAAGACCUUCACCUUGAUAACAGCUUCACUUCUGUGCAGCUUUAGUUGGGUCUCUGUCUCAGUUUCUGGGUCUCAGAUCGUGGAGGUCCGUCCUGGUGAAGAUGUCUCACUGUCGUGCUCCAACAUGUCCAAACAAAAUUCUGUAUUUUUCUGGUACAGACUGGUCAACACAACCAAGUUCACCUGUAUCUUUCUCAUGUACGGUGUUCACAGCAAACCUGAAUACUGCAACGGAUUUAAAGAUGGAUCAUUUGAAAUGAGUUUCAACAUCUCUACUGUGUUUCUCACAAUCAAAAAGGUGGAAAUAUCUGAUUCUGGACAAUAUUUCUGUGGAUUUUAUGGAUCUGGACUCGUUAAUCUCAGUGUGGUACAAUUACAUGUGAAAGGCUCACAUGAACCAGAUGACAUCACCAGUGAUUGUCAAAAAAAGCUUGAUGUAGACACAAAGCUGCUGGGAGGGAUUCUGGCUGGUCUGACUGUUUUCUUCAUGACCAUCAUCGUUGGUCUGGUUCUUCAAAACAAGAAACUUCAGAAAGAUGCAGAAGAAAAACCAAAUCCAGACAGAAAAAAGACUCUCAACCCUGCAGACCUGGACCCUGCAGACCUGAUGUUCCUCUCAGAAACUAUACGAAGGAGGAGGCCUGCAGAAGAGAGAGCAGUGGAGACUCAUGUCAUUUAUACUGCCAGCACAUAGACUUGGUUUCUGGGCUGCAGAGGUGUAGAUAUACAUCUCUGCACAGGAAGACACAGCACAGUGUGGUCUGAUCACAUCUGAAGCCAGCAGGACUUCACGGGUAGUGAGAAAAGUCUGAAAAGAAUCAGUAAAAUCAGACCUGCUCACCUUUGACAGAAUAAUUUCAGCCUCUGUAUUGUUG